AUGACCUUUUCGACGGUUACUCCGAAGCCUUUUCCAGGUACACGAAAAGGAGAAGAAAAUCUAUUACCACAGGCCCAAGAAAUUGGGCAGGUGGUACCAACAGGCCACGAUGACGAUGCUACGUCGGUGACAAAAGGCAAGCCUGCGGCUAAGCCAUGGGCCCAUUUCGUUGCGGGAGGAAUUGGUGGUAUGACUGCAGCAGCUUUGACAUCGCCCCUUGACGUCCUAAAAACACGGCUACAAUCGGAUUUCUACCAGGCACAACUACGAACACUACAUGCGCAGCACCGUUAUCCUCAAAAGACUACCCUAACCUCCAUCCCCCGAUCCGCCUUCUUCCACAUUGCAGAAACUGUACAAAUAUUACGAUCCAUACACCAACAUGAAGGGUUCCGAGCAUUGUUCCGCGGCUUAGGCGCAAACUUGAUCGGUGUCGUUCCUGCGCGGAGUAUUAAUUUCUACGUCUAUGGAAAUGGCAAGAGAAUCUUAAAUAACUACUUCAAUCCAGAAGGACGAGAGAAUGUCUGGAGUGUACAUCUUGCAGCGGCAGCCAUUGCUGGAAUUGCCACAGGCACGGCCACCAACCCCAUCUGGCUUGUCAAGACGAGACUACAAUUGGACAAGAACCAUGCAACCAACGACCCGACCCGUGGGAGGCAAUACAAGAAUAGCUGGGAUUGCAUCAAACAGACCGUCAGACACGAAGGCAUAAGGGGCCUUUAUCGAGGUCUUUCGGCGUCAUAUCUUGGGGUGACAGAGUCCACAUUGCAAUGGGUACUCUACGAACGAUUAAAGCUUUCCCUGGCGAGACGGGAGGCCAGACGUCUGAACACACCAGGAUAUGUGCGGACGUGGCUCGACGACACAGAGGAAUGGGCUGGGAAAUUUACUGCUGCCGCUGGUGCCAAGGGUGUUGCUGCUGCGAUCACAUAUCCCCACGAAGUUGUUCGCACGAGAUUACGCCAGGCUCCAACCGUUAUCAGUGAAACUGGGAAGGCGACUGUCAAGUACACCGGACUUGUUCAGUGCUUCAGACUGGUCGCGAAGGAGGAAGGUAUGGCCGGGUUGUAUGGAGGAAUGACGCCGCAUCUGCUCCGGGCUGUGCCUAGUGCUGCGAUCAUGUUUGGAACGUACGAAAUCAUACUGCGAUUGUUCGGAACGACAUCGUGA